GAAGAUCCACCAUCUGAAGCUCUCGUUUGAAAAUUCCAGUGGUGCCAUGGAUGCAGCAGAGUUUCGACGCAGAGGGAAGGAGAUGGUAGACUACGUGGCCAACUACCUGGCGAACAUCGAACAGCGGCCGGUCUACUCCGACGUGAAACCAGGGUAUCUUCGUUCCCUGAUCCCCACUGAAGCCCCACUGGAGCCUGAGAAUUAUGAAGAUGUUAUUAAAGAUGUGGAGAGGGUCAUAAUGCCAGGGGUCACCCACUGGCACAGCCCAUACUUUUAUGCCUACUUUCCAACUGCUAGCUCUUACCCCGCCAUGUUGGCCGACAUGCUGUGUGGAGCCAUUGGCGGAAUGGGAUUCACCUGGGCUUCCAGCCCAGUCUGUACAGAGCUGGAGAUAGUGAUGUUAGAUUGGCUGGGGAAGAUGCUGAAGCUGCCUGAGCAUUUUAUAGCCGGGACUCAUGGCCAAGGAGGAGGUGUAAUUCAGGGCACAGCCAGUGAGGCAACCCUGAUGUCAGUGCUCGCUGCCCGCUGUAAAGCAAUCCAACAAGUCCAGGCUUCCAACCCCGGACAAUCGGAGGCUGAAAUCCUCCCCAAACUGGUGGCGUACACAUCAGAGCAGGCUCAUUGCUCAGUGGAGCGGGCUUCUCUGAUCGGAGGAGUGAUGAUGAGGAAGGUUCCUACAGACGACAAUUAUGCUGUCAGAGGGGACAUGUUUAAGAAGAUGCUGGAGGAGGACAAAGCAGCUGGACUCAUCCCUUUCUAUCUGUGUGCGACCCUCGGCACGACGCCCUCAUGUGGUUUUGAUCACAUCACCGAGCUGGGGCCCAUAUGUAAUAAGGAAAAUAUGUGGAUGCACAUUGAUGCAGCGUAUGCAGGGAGUGCGUUCAUCUGUCCAGAAUUUAGGCCUUUGUUGAAUGGCGUUGAGUUUGCAGACUCUUUCAACUUCAACCCACACAAAUGGCUUUUAACCAACUUUGACUGCUCCACAAUGUGGGUGAAGAAGAGAGACGACAUCAUUGGAGUCUUCAAGCACAGUGAUCAACCGUUCUACCUGAAACACGAACACCAGGAGUCAGGGCUGGUCACAGACUAUAGGAAUUGGCAGAUUCCACACGGAAGAAGAUUUCGCUCACUAAAGCUGUGGUUUGUCUUCCGUAUGUAUGGAAUCCAAGGCCUGCAGGCUCAUAUACGCAAGCAAGUGGCCCUGGCCAAAGAGUUUGAGAGUCUGGUACGAGCAGACAAGAGGUUUGAGAUCUGUGCCGAGGUCAUCAUGGGACUGGUCUGCUUCAGGCUCAAGGGCUCCAAUCAGCUGACUGAGCUCCUUCUGAAAAGGAUCACCCAGAGCAGAGAGAUCCACCUGGUGCCCUGCCAGCUCUCCGGCCGCUUUGUCCUGCGCUUCGCCAUCUGCGCACGCACCACCGACUCAAGACACAUCCAACAGGCAUGGCGGCACAUCACGCAGCUGACUUUUGAGAUCUUGCAGGAGCCCCAUCAUUAACCAGAAGGCUAGAAAGAGGCUGUCCACUCUGAUGCUACAAAUGAGGGGCCAAAGAUAAGGCUGAGAUUCUAAGGCUACAUUUACAUUGCUACGUUUUGGUUUUAAAAACAAAUAUGUUUUACGCCUCGUAUUCACACUGCU